UCGUCACAUGAAUGGUUGUCUAUUAAAUUGUUCAAAAACUAUCUGGAGUUGUCAAGGCUCGGGCGGACAGAGCAGCGAAAAAGUGCAGUUUGUUGAUGGUUUUUUUUCCGCCCCCCCUCCUCCUCCUCCCAAGAAGCAGGAGAAGUUUUGUGGACACAACAUAGCAGGGACCUUUUGGGAAAAGCCUCUCCGCCGCGCACACUCACACGCUGACUCGGUGACACACGCUCGGAGGGGAAAGGGGAGAGAGAAGGGAGAGUGUGUGGAGACGAGACCUGAUGCUUGUUUUUGUCCAGAGAAAAGUUGCCGACAAGACCGACAGGUAACUUUUUACGCAGCAGUCCUGCGCUCCGCUCUCUGUCCGCCUCCCGGCUCGGUGGAGUUUGUCCUUCUUUUUUUCUUUUUCUUUCUCCCCCUCGGCUCGGAAGCUCCGACUGAACGCUGUUCCUCAUGUAUAACAUGAUGGAGACUGAACUGAAGCCCCCCGCUCCCCAGACCAACACGGGGGGCACGGGGAACACCAACGCCCCCGGGAACGGCCCGAACCAGAAAAACAGCCCGGAGCGCGUCAAGAGACCCAUGAACGCCUUCAUGGUGUGGUCCCGGGGCCAGAGGAGGAAGAUGGCGCAAGAAAACCCCAAAAUGCACAACUCCGAAAUAAGCAAGAGGCUGGGCGCCGAGUGGAAACUUCUGUCGGAGAGCGAGAAGAGACCGUUCAUCGACGAAGCCAAGCGGCUGAGGGCCCUGCACAUGAAGGAGCACCCGGAUUACAAAUACCGGCCCCGGCGGAAAACCAAGACCCUCAUGAAGAAGGACAAGUACACCUUGCCCGGCGGGCUGCUGGCCCCUGGAGGGAACGGGAUGGGCACUGGAGUCGGCGUGGGAGUGGGGGGCGGACUGGGCGGCGGGGUGAACCAGCGGAUGGACAGCUAUGCGGCGCACAUGAACGGCUGGACCAACGGGGGUUACGGGAUGAUGCAGGAGCAGCUGAGCUACCAGCACCCGGGUCUGAACGCGCACAACCCCAGCCAGAUGCAGUCCAUGCACCGGUACGACAUGAGCGCCCUGCAGUACAACUCCAUGACGAGCUCCCAGAGCUACAUGAACGGCUCCCCGACGUACUCCAUGUCCUACUCCCAGCAAAGCACGCCGGGGCUGACCGCCCUGGGCUCCAUGGGGCCCUCCUCGGUGGUCAAGUCCGAGUCCAGCAGCUCCAGCCCGCCCGUCGUCACCUCGUCGUCCCACCGGGCCGCCCCGGGCUGCCAAAGCGGCGAUCUGAGGGACAUGAUCAGCAUGUACCUGCCCGGGGCCGAGGUAAGCGACCAGAGCGCGCAGACCAGGCUACACAUGUCCGGCCACUACCAGAGCGCCGUGCCCGGGACGACGAUCAAUGGCACGCUGCCGUUAACGCACAUGUAAGAGACUCCAAACACAGAAAGAGAAGAAGAAGAAGAAGAAGAAAAAAAAAUAAAAACCACACAUGAACCUUUAUAAGAGAAACUCUGGACUACUUAACGUUGGACUAUUUUUGUACAGAAAAAUUUCGGGGUGGGAAAAGUUGUAUAGAAGUCUUCAAGAAAAAGGAAACCACUCUUUUUUUCUCUCUUUCAUUUUAAUAAGGAAGCUCUAGAGGAACGGUAGGAGAAGGCCCCCCCCCCCCUUCACUGGUGGGUGAAGUUUGGAAAUCUAGAAAGUGGGAGUCGCAAUCAAAUGUUUUAUUAUUGCAAUCACCUUUUGUACAGUAUUUAUCAAAGAAACAUUACAAUCAGAUGAAAUUGUUAAACUGCAAGAGGUUGCAUUUUUCUUUUCUUUUUUUUUUCUUUUUUAUAUAAAGCGACGCCAGUUCUGCAGAAAAUAUUAAAAUGGCAGAACUGGGAUUACAUGCUCCUUAAUUACUGCAAACAUUGGAAAGAAAAGGGACAUAAGAAGCAGGUAAUACUGUUUUUUUUUUCUUUUAAGGUCAAUAUUACUAAACAUUUGUUUUUAUUUUAUUUUACAAAAACAUGACACUUUUUUUCCCUGUCAUACAAUAUAGGUUGUUAAUUUAUAUUUCCGUCUCCCACUUUUCAUCUGUUAGAGAUAUGACGCUUGUGCUCUUUAUUUUCUAAUUGAUUUGUACAGUUUCUGUGUAUUUACUGUGACAUUUUAAGUUUUUAUUUCAAAAUCCAUUCCCGUAGUUGUAUUUUUAAAAAAUAAAAAAAAAGGAAAUUGUGGCCUGUACGCAGAAGCCAACCACCCCAUGUAUAUAUUACCGGAACUAAUACCAUCCUUAUAACAGUUACAAUUUCAGCUGAGUAUAUAUAUUUUUUUUCAAUAUGCAGUUUGAAAAUGAAUAAAUUUUGGAAAUUUGGAUACUUGAAA